AUGCUGGCCGGGCUGGCCGAGCAGGGCGAGAGCUCCGCGCAGGAUUCGCCGCUCUCGCGGGCGAGCACGCGCCGUCAGUCGCACCGCAUCCGCCGCUCGCUGAAGGAGACGCCGCCGGCGCGCAGCCGCAGCAACUCACUCCAGCCCUCGCAUCUUCAGAACGGUAACCAGCCGCCAGCCUUCGGAACGACCGCCCACAAGGCCUGGGUGGCCCCGUCGUUUGGCGGCGGCUCCUCAUCGGCAGAGCCGGCGCGCGACGCUGAGCGCGGCGGCCACACCAACCCCACAUUCGUCAUCACCGAGGAGUCAGACUUCGAGUCGGAGACGGCCACGCCGCCGGGCAGCGGCCGGAGCUCGCCAGAUUCGACCGUCUCGGCGCCGCUGCCGCUGCGACCGGUGCCGACCAUCUCGGUCACGGCGGACGAAGAGGAGCCGGCGUCGUCGGCCGUGACGGAGGAGAGUCCGCCCGACGACACGCCAGAGGUCUGCGUCAGUAAACUCUGA